AUGUCGAAACAGAUCACUGAGUAUAAAAGUGUUUUCGAGAUGUUUGAUGAGGAAGGAAAUGGAACAGUGAAGACACAGGAGCUGGAGCGACUGAUGAGGGAAUCAAUGAUCAAUGAAUCAAUGAUGAUGGGAAUCAAUCCCACCAAGAGAGAGCUCCUUCAGAUGGCCAAAGAUGUGGACAAAGAUGGAAAAGGCACUUUUAACCGUGAGAGCUUCCUGGCUUUGAUGGCAUUGGUUCAUGAAAGCGCGAGGGGCCAACAUGCUGUGCUACGAGCUGCUUUCAAGGCUGAGGGAUAUAUCGAGUGGAAUACCCUGAAGUAUGUGUUGAUGAAUGUAGGAGAACCACUGAAUGAGUUAGAGGCAGAGCAAAUGAUUGAAGCAGAUAAAGAUGGAUAUGGAAGCUUCGAUUAUGAAGGUAAGAGUAGAUUAGUCUCUUUUGUUUUUAUCUGGUUGAGAAUAACCUGGAUAAGGUUGAACAAAUAACCUUUUUACCAUUAAAAGCAUAACAUUUUCUUCCCAGAAUUUGUGAACACGAUGACUGGAGGCUCCUUCAAGAUGAGCUAAGUGAAUCAAAGAAGGCAAACAUGAAUA